AUGGAAAAACUCCUCAAGCGACCUGAGAAGCUCCGAGGAGACCCAGAAAAACGCAACAAAGAUAAGUAUUGUCGUUUUCAUCGCGAUCACGGCCACAAUACGUCAAGUUGCUGGGAGUUAAAGCGCCAGAUUGAAGACCUCAUUCAAGACGGCUACUUCAAAAAAUUCGUGGGCAAACCGAGGUCUAACUCGGUCGAAAAGAUGGAAGAGAGGAAGCGUUCAAGAACGCCGUCUCGGCGAGAGGACCGACCUGCAGUCAUCAAUACUAUUUUUGGAGGUCCGAGCGGAGGCCAGUCCAGAAACAAGAGAAAUGAGUUAGCUCGUGCAGCCAGGCGCAAGGUGUGCAUCAUCAGGGAGCAGAGGCCGACCUUCCCAAUCACCUUCGACAGUGCAGACUUGGAGGAGGUCCACCUGCCCCACAAUGAUGCACUUGUGAUCGCUCCCUUGAUUGAUCAUGUGGUAGUCAGGAGGGUACUAGUAGACGGGGGCGCGUCUGCUAACAUCCUGUCCCUACUAACCUACCUCACCCUGGGAUGGACAAGGUCGCAAUUGAAGAAAAGCCUGACACCGCUAGUUGGGUUCUCUGGAGAGUCGAUCACCCCAGAGGGUUGCAUCGACUUGCCAGUCACAUUUGGGCAAGACAAAACACAGGUCACCAAAAUGGCCGAGUUCGUGGUGAUUGACGGUAGAUCGGCCUAUAACGCCAUCUUUGGGAGACCCAUCAUCCACUCAUUUCGGGCCGUUCCCUCAACACUUCAUCAAGUUUUGAAGUAUUCCACCCCUCAUGGCGUGGGCAUAGUCCGAGGAGAGCAGACCGCUUCGAGGGAAUGCUAUGCCUCCGCACUCAAAGGGUCAUCGGUAUGCGCCCUCGAAGAUCAAGCCAGUGGGGAUGGGUAG